AUGGACCCCCCGUCGUAUGAGGAGGCCAAUCUCCACCCUUCGGCUUUGGCCUCAGAAGCAUUCAACUUUCGCCCUCCUCCUUCCUACGACGCCUCCUUCCCCUCCCCCUCCCCCUCAACACCUCCUCCCACUUAUGGAGAGGCCGUUACCGUCCUGCCAGAUCAAUUUCCUGUCCUGACGCCACCCACUGUGCCAACCCCUGUGCUGACCACUCAGCCGACCCCUGUGCUGACCACUGUGCCAACUACUGUGUCUUCAAUUGGAGUCAUAACCCAUCAAGUAACACAAGUUGGUGUCACACCUCCACUCACGUCCCAGCAACAGCCCAGUCCAAGUGCCUCAGUGUUAAACCUGCGAGACAUCCCUGGUUUGGUACAAUGCCCGCACUGCCAUCAGGUCGUCACCACCAAAGUCACAUACCAACCUGGGAAGUCUGCCUGGUGCGCGUGUGUACUUUUCACAAUGAUAGGGUUGGUUUGUGGUUGCUGUCUGAUUCCUUUCUUUGCACAUGGGAUGCAAGACGUACAUCACUCCUGCCCGCAGUGUGGAAAGCAUCUGCACAUAUUUAUGAGAUGA